AUGAGAAGAUCGUGGCUUCAUCACAAACCAAUCAAACUUUUCUUUGUAACACUGAUUGUACUUAUAUAUGUUUUUACAUUUCUAUCUUUGAAAGUUAAAAGUCCUAAUACCUUCAGAUCAACAAGAGUGUUUGAUAGACAGCGACUGACAAUAAAAUAUGAGAUUAAUUGCUCAGCAAUAUAUGAUAUGGAACCGGUGGAAGUGGGAAAAUCCUUAGCCGUCCGUAAAAACAGCUACGUGAGGCCAACUGACAUGAAUAUUGUGCAUGUCACCUCUGACUGUGAUCAGUUUAUGACAUCAAAGGGUUAUGGUGCAGUACAAGGCUCUGAGUCUGAGCGUGAAUUUCCUCUUGCUUACUCGUUGGUCGUUCACAAGAAUGCCGAUCUUGUGGAGAGGUUGUUAAGAGCCAUUUAUAUGCCACAUAAUGUUUACUGUAUACAUUAUGACCUGAAGUCUUCAGAUGACUUUAUUUCAGCAAUGCAAGGUCUGGCCCGCUGCAUUCCUAACGUCUUUAUUGCCUCAAAACUGGAGAGGGUGCAGUAUGCAAGCAUCUCACGCCUCAAAGCAGAUCUUAAUUGUUUGUCUGAUCUCCUGGAGUCUGAGGUGAAGUGGAAGUAUGUCAUCAAUCUGUGUGGUCAGGACUUUCCACUGCGGACGAAUGCUGAACUGGUGUCAGAUCUAAAGAUGCUUAGUGGCAAGAACAUGGUGGAGAGCAAGCGACCAGGAGGAAAAGAAUGGCGCUGGACUUUUCACCAUGAAAUGAAUGGCAUAUCUAAACACUACCAAAUACCUAUAACUACUACUGAGAAGAAACUUCCACCACCUCAUAACAUAAAAAUGUUUGUGGGCAGUGCAUACUUUACACUUUCACAGGAAUUUGCACAUUUUGUUCAGUGGAGUUCUUUAGUCAAAGAUUUCUUGGUUUGGUCUGAGGACACAUUCUCACCUGAUGAACAUUUUUGGGGAACUUUGGUUCGUGUGCCUGGAGUGCCAGGAGAGGUGUCCAGAUCUUACCCAGACAUUUCACUACUGAAAAGUAAAACCCGUCUGGUGAAGUGGGAAUAUUUAGAAGGGAGUCUUUACCCACCAUGCACUGGGGAGCAUGUACGGUCUGUGUGUAUUUUUGGUGCUGGUGAGCUCAGAUGGCUUCUUAACUAUGGUCACUGGUUUGCUAAUAAAGUGGACCCAAAGGUGGAUCCUAUUCUUAUUGAAUGUUUAGAGGAGAGGCUGUUAGAAAAACAGAUGGUGUCAAGACAAUAAAUUGAUCAGAUUUUCUUUACUGAUGUCUUUACACUAAAAAACAAAUAAUUGGUUAUUUUCAACUCUGCAUUGAAUAAACCCUAACCCACUGGGUAGUAAUUUAACAUGCAGGGUUGUUUCAAUCCAAACUGCUGAGGUGUUUCAAGCCA